ACCGGAGCCAGCCGCCCGCCAGCCUCGGCGCCCUCGCUGUCCCCGGGCCCGGGGGCCGGCGCCAUGGCCUGCCGCUCCUGCGUCGUCGGCUUCAGCAGCCUCAGCAGCUGCGAGGCGAGCCCGGCAGGACGCCCCUGGUCCGGCUCCUCCGGAUGGGGCAGCUGCGGGGCCCCCGGGCCGGGCUUCAGCUCCCGAAGCCUGACCGGCUGCCGGCCGGCGGGCGCCAUCCCCAAGGUGACGGUCAACCCCAGCCUGCUGGUCCCGCUGGACCUCAAGGUGGACCCGGCCAUCCAGCAGCAGAAGAACCAGGAGAAAGAGGAGAUGAAGGUGCUCAACGACAGAUUCGCCUCCCUGAUCGGCAGAGUGCAGGCCCUGGAACAGCGCAACCAGCUGCUGGAGACGCGCUGGCGCUUCCUGCAGAGCCAGGACUCGGCCCCCUUCGACCUGGGGCACCUGUACGCCGAGCACCAGGGCCGGCUGCAGGAGGAGCUGCGCAAGGUCAACCAGGAGCGCGGCCAGCUGGAGGCCAACCUGAUGCAGAUGCUCCAGAAGGUGGAGGAGUUCCGGAUCCGGUAUGAGGAGGAGAUCUCCAAGCGCACGGACAUGGAGUUCACCUUCGUGCAGCUGAAGAAGGACCUGGACGCCGAGUGUCUCCGCCGCACGGAGCUGGAGACCAAGCUGAAGGGGCUGCAGAGCUUCCUGGAGCUGAUGAGAACCGUCUACGAGCAGGAGCUGAAUGACCUAACAUCCCAAGUGAGGGACGUGAAUGUGACUGUGGGCAUGGACAGCCGCUGCCACAUCGACCUGAGCGGCAUCGUGGAGGAAGUGAAAGUCCAGUACGAUGCCAUCGCAGCUCGAAGCCUGGAGGAGGCAGAGGCGUACUCCCGGAGCCAGCUGCAGGAGCGGGCCGCCCGCUCGGCCGAGUAUGGAAGCAGCCUCCAGAGCUGCCGCAGUGAGAUCGCAGACCUCAACGUGAACAUCCAGAAGCUCAGGUCCCAGAUCCUCUCCGUCAAGAGCCACUGCCUGAAACUGGAGGAGAACAUCAAGGCAGCCGAGGAGCAGGGCGAACUGGCCUUCCAGGACGCAAAGGCCAAACUGGCCCAGCUGGAAGAAGCUCUGCAGCAGGCCAAGCAGGACAUGGCGCGCCAGCUGCGCGAGUACCAGCAGUUGAUGAACACCAAGCUGGCCCUGGACAUCGAGAUCGCCACCUACAGCAAGCUGGUGGAGGGAGAGGAGAGCCGGAUGGACCUGCCUUCAACGGCCGUAGUCAGCACUGUGCAGUCCAGGCCCAGAAUCGCGGCGUCCAAGGGCGGCGUCCCGAGAGCCCCCUCCCGAAAGAAGAAGAACAAAAAGGGGCCCGUGAUCCAGAUCACCGAGAUGUCCGAGAAGUUCCUCCUGCAGGAGUCGGAGGCUUCAGACUAAGGCCUUGGGCUCCCACUGCGGCAGGCGGCACUUAAGCCAGACUCCAGCAAGCACCAGGCCUGGAGGGAGGCAGGCCUGAUCCUGAACUGAGAGUUCCAAAGAGCGCUUGCCCAGUGGGGGCUGCAGGAUGGGGGCGAGAGUAGCCUCCUCACCAUCACCAGCCUGCAGCCCUGCCCGCCAGCCACCAGAGACCUCCCCAUGACCACUGGAAUUGAACAAGGUCCGCCUUGUCUGGGCUCCUUGCUCCCCUGGGUCUCCUCUCCCCGCACAUCCCCUUUUGGCCCGGCCCUUGCCUCAGACUCCCAUCUCCAGCCUGGCCUGGCCUCUGCCUCCGAAGGGAGGCUGCUGCCCGCGUCCCCACUGACCGGCAGCCUCGGCCCUGGCUGAGGAGUACUGGAUCCGGAGCUUCUGGGAAACUGGGUGCUAAGUUCCCCCUGGCUUUCCACCCCCGGGUCCCCAGAGACCUGACAGUAUUAUGGGAGGGAGGAAAGAGGGUCACAGGUGUUUGGGACUGGGUUUCUAAGGGAGGUAAUCCAGACACACACACACACACACACACACACACACACACACACACACACACACACAUGCCCCUUCUCCUGCAUAGCCCUUUCAGCAGACACAGUGCAGGCUAGGCCCAGAAUAUUCCAGAAGCUGUUCUUGCCAUGAUGAGUGCCCUGGGGGCAGAGUCCCGGCCGGGAGUGACACCUGUUCUCACCUCCACUCUGCCCAUUCUCUGCCUCCUCCCAGCCACUCCACAGCCCGAAACCUGGCUUCGGGGGUCCGCGUCCCGGACACCCCAGGGCCACUUCCCAGGAGUCCCACUCAGAGUCACUCACCCACAGCCCAGCCAUUCCCCCUUCAUUCCCUCCGGAGCCCAGGGCCCCACGCCCCGGCCCCGACCUCGCCUCUGUGCCUGCUCCCAGCCUCGGUCAGGCCGGGCAGGCCUGGGAGCCGCUGGACCCCAGAGGGAGGUUGGGGGCCUCAUAGCACCCUCUAGGGAGCUCCAGCCACGAGAAACUCUGCCUCCCACCAAAGUUUCGGGGCUGGAGGAAGCUGUGCCUCCCUUCUCGGGGCCAGCAGCUUCAGCCUCCCCUUCUGCCUUCUCCCGUGCCUCCUCUCCCCUGCCUGCCCCUUGCCUCACCUCCUCCUCCAGCCCCAUCUUGGGUUCCCUGUUUUCUCACUCAUUUUCCAGGACCGGGUGGCCCAAGGUCUUGACCCCAACUAGGCCUAAGUCCUCCGGGCCGAUAGGGGGCGCCAAAGGGCUGCUGGCACUUGGGCUGGAAGAGACUCAGAUGUAUCCGUCGAAUCCCAAAAGGGUGUUGAUUGCUGCUUUUUCUCCACCUAUUUAUUGGUUUCCAAGGGAGCAAAUCCUCAGUGGGGAUACAAGUAUAUAAAGUAUAUAUAUUAUUUUUUCAUAACUUAUGUCGCUUUUAACUUAUUGCUUCUCUUCCUAUCUCUGCAUAAUCCAUGCCAUAUAUUAUACUGUCUGGAUAGAGAACAUGUAUGCCAGCUGCCCUGCCCACUGGCUAGCUCUGGGUGUCAAUAAAGUGCU